AUGGAUACUGCUACUUGUACGUAUAUAGACAAUGCUCUGAAGUUUAAAAAGUUUAAAAAGGCGCUCGCCGCAGUGAUCGAAGAGGAGGAGGAGGAACAAGCACGAAUUCCCUCUAUAUCUAUACCACAACAACCUCUGACAUCUUUCGGCCAUUCUAUCCUAUAUCUCUUCCCCCUAGCAGGACGAGUUAUUAAAAUCAAAAACCACCUUUCCAUACUAAAGCACAGAGGCAUCAUUAUUUGGUCCAGCCAAACACACGGCCAAGUAGCCAAUUUGGAUUCCCGUGCCCAAGGACCCACCGUGUUAGAUCGAUCUGUGAAAGUUUCCUGCCCAGAAGCUAUCCAGGACAAUGCCAACAGGAAAAAGGAGCACCCGAGAGGAGCCUCAGGAAUCGAAUCACAGGCCCAGGAAAUCCCCCCGGACCAGGAGUUCCACGGCUGCGGCAGCAGCACAAGCCGGUACUCCGGCGGCCAGGCCAGCAGGAAGGACAACCCUGGAGACCCCGCCAGUGACCCCGAGGACUACCCCCCCCCCUCCCUAUACCCAGCACCAACAGCAACUGCCACCGAACACGCAAGCGCAGCAAUACCAAGUGCCGCCCUCAAGCACGGCAUCCAACAACACCAGAUGUUCGGACACCAUCAAUUCCUCCUACACCGCAUCGAUCCCGCCGCCCUCCAACCCGGCCAUCAAAACGGAGGAGACGACAGAAGCGGAGGAUGCCUGUGCACUGAACGGCGCACAAAACGACAAACGCCAGCCCACAGUGAACUGGGACUGCGUGUCAUAUGUAGUUUCGGAUCAAAAGGUGCACACUUCCUACGAGAAGCCCGAGAUGGCACCUCCGGUGUUGGACGCGCGUACGGGGAAGACUACGACCCGUGUGGCGUCGUACGGGAAGAUGGUGACAAAGACAGUGACCAUGACCGUUACCACCACCAUCGCGACCACCGAGAUACUCCGCCCAGGCGAGAGGGGAUACGAAGAAUCUCUGGAGCGCCAGAAGCGCCAGCAGAACCAGACGCCCGCGGAGAGAGAGAGGCAGCAGCGCGAGUAUCACCAGAGCCGCCAAUGGGCCAGCGGCGAUCGAACCCUGCACGAGAACUUCCACUGCAAGCACCAUCGGUCUGCACAGCCCGCGCGCGCAAAUGUGUAAAUAUGUUUCGGUAUCUGGCAUUUUCUCCUUGUUCCAUGUCUUGUUCUAUUAGUUGUUUUGGGUCGUCUUCUUCUACAUUCUCUCAUUAUUCACACUCACGGCUGUUUGGGUUUAGAGGCGACUUGGGCUUUAGCAAGAGCGAUAUCAGGCGGUGCAGGCGGAAGAGGAAGGGAAAGGUUAUCCGGAACCUCCCCCGGCUCUGGAAGGCUCCACCAUUGGGCUUGGAUGAUUUCCUCAGGGUAGGAUUCAGUAUCAGCCGGACCGCUAUAUUCGAUCACCCCGAUCAUCCGAGCCCGAAUAUUCCUGGGAGGCCCGGAUUGAGGACCACCACUAGCGCCAGCGCCAGGAGGAGGACCCAGGACGAGGGGGUUGCUCCGCCAGUAGCACUACCACCACCACCGGAACUCCUGGACGGCAGGAUUUUCCUUUGCACUAUUCUUGUCACGAAGAUUUCUCAUAUUACUGUUUCUACGCUCGUUCAAUUUUUCCUUUCAUUUGUUUCUUAUUUGGAGGGAUGGGAAGGAGUUGUGUUUGGCGAUAGGGUUAAUGGGGCGGCGGAGGAGGAUGAUGAUGAUGGCGUGAUUACUGAAUCGAAAUUUGUUUUUCUUUUAAUAUUGAAACAUGCAAUCACCCAGAUCGUUACUGUUACACGCGGAGCAAAUUAUACAACAAAGGGAUCAGGGUCAGGACUCAGGAGAAGAUGA